UCACAGAGAGCGAGUGAGAAAGAAUCACUGUUGUUAACUACAGAUGAAACACAGCUUGUCAGCGAUAAUCAUACACAGGGAGGAUUAUCCAUUGAGAAAUUAGAGAAAUGGCGCAAGGUGACAAUUGUUGUUUGCCUUGCUUCUAUAGUUUUCACAUUGGUUCUUGCGAUCGGUGCGUUAGUCAUCUCUCAGACCUCGGAUAGUUCCUCCGCUUUUGCAGUAGCACUCGACGCUGUUCUGGCCAUUAUAUCAUCAGGAUCUGUUAUAUGGAGGUUUUACUACGGGAUAAAUGGCAACGGUCGGACGAGGAGGGAGUGGAAAGCCUGCACCAUCAUUGCCAGUUGUUUUAUCUUCUCAGGGGUUUUGGUGGUCGGACGAGNGGAGUGGAAAGCCUGCACCAUCAUUGCCAGUUGUUUUAUCUUCUCAGGGGUUUUGGUGGUCGGACGAGCUGUUAUCUGCAUCGCGAGAAAUUAUAAACCGCGUCAUGCCCAAGAUUUGCUCAUCAUGUCAGUAAUCAGUUGCGUGGGUUAUUUUCUGCUUUUUCUCGUCAAAAUGUGUUUAGCAAAGAAACUUGAAAGCUCAGCUCUUGUCGCAGACUCAAUAGACGCUCUUAGUGGUUCUGGAAUGUCGGCCGGUGUGAUUACAAGUGCUUUGGUGUUAGAAUACAUUCGCAAAGCAUGGCUUAUAGAUCCAUGCACCGCGAUUGUCAUCGCUUUAGCGACAGUUAUCUACGGAAUUGAAAUCUUGCUUCGAGUUGAACGAGAAAAGAAGAAAGUCAGAAAAGUUAGAGAAGCCGGGCAAGAGCUUCAGGAGGAACAAGAUGCAAAAAGGGAAUCGGACAAAAAACGAUAA